AUGCGGCUUCUUAUCCUCAGCUUAGAGCUUCUACUAGCACCUUUCGGGGUACUUCUGGUAGCGCUCAUAUUCAACGUGAUACGAGGUACUCUUUCUCGCCUCGCGAAGCAUGCCAUGCUACGUGCAGUGCCAGGCCCACCUCGGAAGUCGUUUCUGACCGGGGAUCUCCAUGACCUCUACGGGGUCGAUGGUCUUCCCCAUCUAGAGGCAUUGUCUCUUUACGGCGGCAUAGCAAAGGUUCAUGGGCUAUUCGGGGACGUUCUUCUUACCGUAUCCGACCCCCGUGCACUUGCCCAUAUCCUCGUCAACGACGUACAGAAAUUUCCGGCCCUCGACGUGUCGGGAACCUAUGAUAUGCAUCGUUACCUCAUGGGGCCAGGGCUCCUCGCGACGAAUGGUUCUGCACACCGCCGUCAGCGCAAGAUUCUCAAUCCCGCGUUCUCAAUCUCGCAAAUUCGGGGCCUGGCACCGCUAAUGCGCGAGAUCUCUGUGCAACUGCGCGACUUGAUCAUCGACGACGUAACCUCCGGUGUUCAAGUUGGGUCUCAGGAAUCGAAGCUGCAGGAGAUAGACAUCGCGGAGUGGCUUGGACGCGCGGCUUUAGACUUCGUGGGGCGAUGCGGCUUCGGACAUGAUUUUCAUGCGCUGCAAGGAGAUGCAGAUACAUAUGUACACGCCGUCAAGGACAUGAUCCCGACCAUUGCCAGUCUUGGUUCCAUGAUCACCCUCUUUGUUGUGAGCGGUGGCUCACGCUUGCCGCCACGCCUGCUGCGCUUUAUGGGACAAACGGCGUCAAUCAUCUCGCCGUCCCUCAGUCAUUUGAUGCACAUCGUAGACUCUAUGUGGGGUGAGAUGGAUGCUAUCUGGCAGGCGCAUAAGGCUACCCAUAAAGAGGGUAGGGAAGACAUGCAAGCCGUCUUACUGGACGUACUACUCGACGCCAAGGAAGGCAGCGUCUCCGAUAGCGAGGCCAUAGGUCAGUGUACGACCCUAGUAAUGGCGGGGGCAGAGACAACGAGCACGGCCUUAUGUCGCAUUCUUCUUCUCCUUUCGGAGCAUGUCUCCGUGCAGGACAGGCUUCGCAAGGAGAUCACCCAGGCACUUUCUGAAGAAGGAGAGGAUGGCAAUGGUUUGGGCUACGACGCGCUCAUGGCUCUCCCACUUCUCGAUGCAGUCUGCAAGGAGACUUUGCGCGUAUUUGCCCCGGCACCACUGCGUAAUCGCCGAUGCAUUGCAGAAAGCGUUGUCCCUUUCGCAGACGGCUCUACCGUUCACAUCCCAGCCGGCACUGAGGUCUUGAUCAACAUUCACGGAGUCAACACUAACAAGGACAUAUGGGGAGCUGAUGCGAAGGUGUGGAGGCCCGAACGUUGGCUGGAGCCCUUGCCGCAAUCCGUAGCAGACGCGAAUAUGCCAGGCCUCUAUGCAAAUAUGCUUACCUUCUUGGCUGGUCCUAAGGGUUGCAUAGGGCUCAACUUCUCGCUCCUCGAGAUGAAAACCGUUCUUGCAACGCUUAUUCCAUUGCUAGAGUUCCGUUCGCCCACAGAGCUUGAGAUCAAAUGGCGUUUCGGGCAGACAGUCACGCCGAGUGUGAAGGGUGACAAGGGCUUGAACCCUAGGAUGCCCCUACAGAUCCAAGUCAUAUGA